AUGAGUCGCCCAACUGUCACCAUCUACGGUGCUGAUGGUACUGCCACCGAGGACAGCCAUCCGCUACCCAAUGUCUUCAAGGCACCCAUCCGCCCGGACAUUGUCCAGAGCGUGCAUACCGGCAUGGCGAAGAACAGGAGGCAGCCGUACGCUGUGAGCGAGAAAGCAGGCCACCAGACUAGUGCAGAGUCUUGGGGUACCGGCCGUGCUGUCGCUCGUAUUCCGCGUGUCUCGGGAGGUGGUACUCACCGUGCCGGUCAAGCCGCGUUCGGUAACCAGUGUCGCUCCGGCCGCAUGUUUGCUCCCACCAAGGUCUGGCGCAAGUGGCAUCAGAAGGUCAACCUCGGCCAGAAACGCUUCGCAACCGCUUCCGCCAUAGCAGCUUCCUCCUCGGCUGCCCUGCUCCUGGCCCGCGGCCACCACAUCAUGACCGUCCCUGAAGUUCCACUCGUUGUUUCCAGCACUGUCUUCGCCGACGGCGCCGUCAAGAAGACAAGCCAGGCUGUGAAGAUACUCGAGUCUGUGGGCGCUGGACCGGAGCUUGAGAAGGUCAAGAAUAGCCGCAAGCUGCGCGCUGGCAAGGGCAAGCUCAGAGGCCGGCGCCACAAGCAACGCCGUGGUCCGCUCAUCGUCUAUGACCCGGAGAAGGAUGGCAAGGACCUCGUCCUCGCCUUCCGCAACAUCCCGGGUGUUGAGACUUGCACGGUCUACGCUCUCAACCUCUUACAACUUGCCCCUGGCGGACACCUCGGCCGCUUCGUCGUCUGGACGUCAUCUGCCUUCGCUGCACUCGAUACCAUCUACGGCAGCCAAACCGAGCCGUCCGAGAUGAAGAGGGACUUCUUGCUGCCGUCCAAUCUCGUGGCGCAGGCAGAUCUCGCAAAGCUCAUCAACAGCUCCGAGGUGCAGAGCGUGCUACGUCCAGUCAAGGGCGGUGCCAUCAGCAAGCGUGGUGUGGUGCAGAAGAAGAACCCGCUCGUGAACAGGCAGGUACUCCUGCGCCUCAAUCCGUACGCUGCCGCGUACAGGAAGGAAGGUCUUGGUCACAAGAAGGCGGAGGACGCUGAGCCGGCGGAGAAGGACGACACUUACGUCCAGCUCCUGCACGAGAACUAGAGGUUGUGAUAAUAUCAUAUGCAACGGGGCGUGGCGUAGCGUGCUUCAAGUUGCGAACUGGCUGCAGCCACAGCGGUUUGAAUGGGUGCAGUAAGCGAAGCACCUUUUCGGUCUACAAGUAUCAGUUGUCCGAUACGGUCGCAUGA